GCUGGUAGAUGCACUCAGAGGAUAUUGAUAAAGAACAGAAGAAAAAAUCUUUUCCUAAUUUUCAAUCGACUGAGAGUGAUGUGAAAGAAGACGCUCAUACAGAGAAUUUAAUGACUAAUUUAUCAAAUGCUUAUGCUUCAGAUUUGUUGCCUAAUAAGGACGGUAAGGAUUUAACAAAAUCCUUUCUCCUACAAGUGGUAAAUAUUCUUCUGCAUUACAUCAAAAAAUCCUUUGAUGUUAAAAGUAAAAUAUUGGACUUUCACCAUCCUCAUCAGCUCCUUCAAGGUUUGGAAGGGUUUAAUUUAGAGCUGUCUGACCACCCUGAAUCUCUGGAGCAGUUACUUGUAGAUUGCACAGAUACCUUAAAAUAUAGUGUUAAAACAGGACAUCCUCGAUAUUUUAACCAGCUUUCCAGUGGGCUCGAUAUAAUUGGGCUUGCAGGGGAAUGGUUGACAGCUGCUGCAAAUACGAACAUGUUUACAUAUGAAAUAGCCCCAGUAUUUACUAUCAUGGAGAAAAUUCUUCUCAAGAAAAUGCAUGAAAUUAUUGGCUGGGGAGAAAUAGAAGCGGAUGGUAUAUUUUCACCUGGUGGGAGUAUAUCAAACCUCUAUGGUAUACUAGUAGCUCGUUAUAAGCAAUAUCCAGAGGUAAAAAUAAAAGGCAUGACUGCACUUCCUUGCAUUGCUUUAUUUGUUUCUGAACAAGGUCACUAUUCAGUGAAAAAAGCUGCAGCACUUCUUGGUAUUGGAACUGAUAAUGUAAUUGAAGUAAAAUGUGAUGAAAGGGGAAAGAUGAUGCCAGAUGAGUUAGAGAAAAAUAUAUUACAAGCUAAAAGAAAGGGCCAAACUCCAUUCUGUGUCAGCGCCACCGCUGGAAGCACCGUGUUUGGAGCUUUCGACCCGCUCCAGGAUAUCGCUGAUAUUUGCAAGAAGCACAAACUCUGGAUGCAUGUGGAUGCAGCCUGGGGAGGCGGACUGCUGCUAUCCAGGGAACAUUCCUAUAAACUCAAUGGCAUUGAGAGGGCCAACUCCGUGACCUGGAAUCCGCACAAACUUAUGGGCGUUCCUCUUCAAUGCUCUGCUAUCCUGAUCCGAGAAAGAGGUCUUCUGGAAGCAUGCAACCAGAUGCAAGCUGGAUAUCUUUUCCAGCCAGAUAAACUCUACAAUGUUGACUUUGACACCGGGGAUAAAGCUAUUCAGUGUGGUCGACAUGUUGAUAUCUUCAAGCUAUGGCUGAUGUGGAAAGCGAAGGGAACCUGUGGCUUUGAGGUACAGAUCAACAGAUAUAUGGAACUUGCAAAUUACUUGUAUAAGAUUUUAAAGAAAAAAGAUAAUUUUAAGCUCGUGCUUGAUUCUGAGCCUGAGCUCACCAAUGUCUGCUUCUGGUAUUUUCCUUCAAGACUUAAACAUCUCCCAAAAGGUUGUGAAAGAGAUCAAGAACUCCAUAAGAUUGCUCCCAAGAUUAAAGCACAGAUGACAGAAGAAGGCACGGCCAUGAUAAGCUACCAGCCGUGUGGAGACAAUGUAAAUUUUUUUCGAAUGGUCUUUUCCAAUCCUGCAACAAGACAAACAGAUAUUGACUAUCUUAUUGAUGAAAUAGAAAGACUUGGGAAGGAUUUAUAAUACCUCAAUGUGAACUUGCCUAUCACAUGUAAAUACCAACUCU